AUGGCAACAGACCCAAUCAUCCAAGGAGCAAUCAUGCUACUCGCCUUCAUAAUGUUCUUCGCACUCAAAUACAUCUCCCAACAAGGCCUAACCAAGUUCCGAACCAAACACCGAGCCACACUCCAAACCCAACGCCAACUCAUCCAAGCCUCCCACCUCCUCGCUCGAGCCCGAGCCACCACAACCAAAAAAUCUCAAUCCCAAUCCCUCGCCAAGUCCGCUCUCACCGAAGCCGACGACGUAAUCGCCAUCUCUCCCGACGACGCCGCCGGGCACAUCGUCCGCGCCUUAUCUCUAGAUCUGCUCGGUCACCACGUGGCGGCUCUCAAAUCGUUUGAUACGGCGUUGAGUUAUCCGCGGGCUAAGUCGCUUUCGGUGGGGGAACGAGCAGAUGCGCUUGUGAAGAGAGCGGAGAUGAAGGUUGCUGUGAAUCGGAGGCGGAGGAAUGAUUCUGCGAUUGAGGAUCUGGAGGAGGCGGUUAGGCUUGGCGCCGGGACGGAUGCGGCGAGGUUGUUUCGGAGUUUGGGGGAGUGUUAUGAGUUCAAGGGGAUGAAUGAGAAGGCCCAAUGGGCUUUUAGUGAGGCUUUAAAAACUUAG